AUGCUUCACGAGGCAAUCUUCGCGGCCAUUGGCUUGGCUGGCCUGGCCAAAGGUCAGCAGGCCGGCACUGUGACUCCUGAAGUUCAUCCAAAGCUUCCAAUGUCCCAGUGCACGGCUUCUGGAUGCACCACGCUCAACACCGAGAUCACUUUGGACUCGAACUGGCGCUGGUUGCACACCACCAGUGGCUACACGAACUGCUACACUGGAAACACAUUUGAUCGUUCGAUCUGCUCUUCGGCUUCGGCUUGCGCUGCCAACUGCGCAGUCGAUGGCGCCGACUACCCUGGCACGUACGGUAUCAGAGCUUCUGGCAAUGCCUUGACCCUUGGGUUCAAGACUGGCUCCAACGUUGGAAGCCGGAACUACCUCAUGGACCCCAGCGGUACGGCCUACAAGGUGUUCAAGCUCAAGAACAAGGAGUUCACCUUCGAUGUUGACGUCUCAAACCUUCCGUGUGGCGUCAACGGGGCUUUGUACUUCGCGGAGAUGCCGGCCAAUGGUGGCGCUUCUCCAGCUGGUGCCAAGUACGGCACUGGUUAUUGCGAUGCUCAGUGCCCUCGCGACUUGAAGUUUGUCAACGGCGUGGCCAACAGCGACAGCUGGACACCAUCCAAUGGCGACCCGAACUCCGGUACUGGCAGACUCGGUGCUUGCUGCGCUGAGAUGGACAUCUGGGAAGCCAACUCCAUCUCCAACGCCUACACUCCCCACCCUUGCCAAGGCAGUGGUCUGCAGACCUGCACUUCCGACCAGCAGUGUGGUGCCGAGCCAUACCGCUACGAAGGCCUCUGCGACCGUGACGGCUGCGACUUCAACCCCUACCGCGCCGGCAACACCUCCUUCUACGGCCCCGGCAAAACCAUCGACACGCGCCAAAAAAUGACAGUUAUCACCCAAUUCAUCACCACCGACGGCACCGACAAUGGCCAACUCAAAGAAAUCCGCCGCAUCUACAAACAAGGCAACCGCGUCAUCCAGAACUCCGUCUCGGAUCUCCAAGGCGUCGACGACUCCAACAGCCUCACGGACAAAUUCUGCACGCAGCAAAAGACUCUCUUUGGCGACAACCAGGAUUUCGCUCGCAAGGGAGGUAUGGCUAAGAUGGGUGAUGCUAUGGGACGUGGUAUGGUUCUUGUGAUGUCGAUUUGGGAUGACCACUACGCUAGUAUGCUCUGGCUUGAUGGCACUUACCCAAUCGGUGGAUCUGGACCUGGUGUUGUUCGUGGUACUUGCGAUUCUACGAGUGGUCUGCCCAAGAAUGUUGAGGCGAACUUCCCCGGCUCCAGUGUUACGUUCUCGAACAUCAAGUUUGGAACUAUCGGGUCGACUUACACGAAGUAG